GACCGGGCCCGCUCAGGUUUCUGAAGAGACGACUCCCAGGCAAAGAGAAUGGAGACCCCAGAUUUAUAGGAAAUGUACAGAUACAGCGUGGUUGUUCCUGUUUUUUCUCUUUUGGACUGGUUUGAUGUUCAUCAUGGGCUACUCAGUCGUGGUUGGAGCUGCAGGAAGACUCCUCUUUGGCUAUGACAGCUUUGGCAACAUCUGUGGCAAGAAGAACUCGCCGGUGGAAGGGGCCCCUCUGUCCGGACAGGACAUGACCCUCAAAACAUACAUGUUCUUUAUGAAUUCCUGCAACCCAGAGAUCAAAGACAUGAGGCUCAGUUCCACUGCCCUCUGUGUGUCCAGCUGUCCUGAAGAGCAGCUCAGCACCCUGGAAGAGGUCCAGCUCUUUGCAGACACCAAUGGCUCUUUCCUAUGUGUCUAUAGUUUGAAUUCCUUGAACUACACACAGAGUCCAAAUGCAGAUUCACUGUGUCCCAGGCUACCAGUUCCUCCAAGCAAGUCUUUUCCCUUGUUUAACCGGUGUGUCCCUCAGACGCCUGAGUGCUACUCUAUGUUUGCAUCUGCUUUGAUAAAUGACGCUGAUGUGCUCCAUCAAAUUCUAAGUGGAAUUAUGUCAGGAAGAGACACCAUCCUUGGCCUGUGUAUCCUUGCAUUAGCCUUGUCUUUGGCCAUGAUGUUCGCCUUCCGAUUCAUCACCACUCUUCUGGUUCACAUUAUCAUUUCAUUGGUCAUUUUGGGAUUGUUGUUUGUCUGUGGUGUCCUAUGGUGGCUGUAUUAUGACUAUACCACUGACCUCAGCAUAGAACUGGACACAGAAAGGGAAAAUAUGAAGUGUGUGCUGGGGUUUGCUGUUGUGUCUACGAUCAUCACGGCAAUUCUGCUCGUCUUGAUUUUUGUCCUCAGAAAGAAAAUAAAAUUGACAGUUGCAGUCUUCCAAGUUACAAACAAAGCCAUCAGCAGCUCUCCUUUCCUGCUGCUCCAGCCAGUGUGGACGUUUGCCAUCCUCAUUUUCUUCUGGGUCCUCUGGGUGGCUGUGCUGCUGAGCCUGGGGACUGCUGGCAAUGCCCAAGUUAUUGAAGGUGGCCAAGUAGAAUUCACCCCUCUUUUGGGCAUUCGGUAUAUGUGGUGGUACCAUUUAAUAGGCCUCAUCUGGACUAGCGAAUUCAUCCUUGCAUGCCAGCAAAUGACUAUCGUGGGGGCGGUGGUGACAUGGUAUUUUAACAGAAAUAAAAAUGACCCUUCGGAGCAUCCAAUCCUUUCGUCUCUCUCCACUCUUCUCUGUUACCAUCAAGGAACAGUGGCAAAAGGGUCAUUUCUGAUCCUUUUGGUGAGGAUUCCAAGAGUCAUUCUCAUGUAUAUUCAUGACACUCUGAAGGACAAGCACAGUUCAUGGUCCAAGGGUGUGUUCAAGUGCUGCUGCUGCUGCGUCUCAUGUCUCGCCAGACACUUGCACUGUCUCAACCAGAACGCAUAUACGACAACUGCCAUUAAUGGGACAGAUUUUUGCACAUCGGCAAAAGAUGCACUCAAAGUUUUAUCCAAGAAUCCAAGUCAUUUUACAUCUGUCAACUGUUUUGGAGACUUCGUAAUUUUUCUGGGAAAGGUGCUGGUAGUGUACUUCACUGUAUUUGGAGGACUGAUGGCAUUUAACUACAACCGCACGCUGCAGGUGUGGGCAAUCCCUCUGUUACUAGUAGCCUUUUUUGCCUGCUUAGUAGCUCAUAGUUUUUUAUCUGUGUUUGAAACGGUGCUGGAUGCACUUUUCCUGUGUUUUACUGUUGAUCUGGAAACAAAUGAUGGAUCACCAGAAAAGCCCUACUUUAUGGACCAUGAGUUUUUGGGUUUUCUAAAACAGAUCAACAAAUCUAACAAUGCAAGGGCACAAAAGGACACAGACUCAUUAAGGACUGAAGACGGAACAGAACUGCGGCCCACCAUGAGAUAGGCACCCAUCAGACCUUUGUACCUGGAGGAAAGUGACCUUCAGAGCCACUGACAGAAUAAAAGACCUGAGAGACCUUCAUCUUCAUUGUUUUUGCCACUGUCAAAAUACUGAACAUUAAAAUGUAGUUGUUUUCAUAGGACAUAAACAUUUAAAACCAUAUUUACAUGCACCAAUUUAAGCGUGGUAUGUAAAAGCCCAUCUGAGUUUGUGAAGGUAUAACAGUAAAAAAAAUUUAAAAAAAAAAGGAUUUUGUCAGCAGAAAUCUCUGGAACAUUGCUCUUGUACAGGACAGCAAUUUCCUAUUCAUCCAAUCUUGGAAAUUAGCUAAAUAUGUUGACUUUUCAGAGUACAGUUCUUAAAUUUGGUGAGAUAAAACCUGAACAUCUUGGCCUCUUAUUUGGAACUGGUAAUAUACAGGAGACAGGCAGAAGCUUAACUGUACAUGACCUAGCUAGUUAAAAGCAGGAGGCAUUCUUACAAAUGGGCAAUCUCACCCACAGCCACAUCUGAGAAUUGCCAAGACUUUGAAAAAUACUUUUACAGGACCCCACCCAAUAUUCAAAUGGUGGAGAGAGGGAACUUUUUCCUUCUUAAAGCUUUAGAACAUUUGACAGGUUGACCAGCAGCCCCAUUUGUUAGGUGGCUGGGCAGAAUCACCCACUCCCCGCUAAUGGGAGGGUCGGUCAAUCUGACUUAGGGAGAAGGGGAGGUAGUACGAUGGGAGGCUUCCUUCCCUUUCCUAAAUGCUUCUUCAGAGAUGACCAGAAACGGCCUGACAAUUCAGGUCUACUUUAAAUGCAAAUUUUUCCCUGAACAGUACCACUGAAUUAGUUUAGCUCAUUAGUCUCCUAUAAGGGAUUUACAGAGCAUUAAACUGAGUUAUUGUAGAAUGGUAAGCUUUGCUUUUGUAAAUUCAUCAAGUCAGACAAAUGUUCCCUCCUUAUUGGCCUCACCAAAAAACAGGCACAUUUUUACCUCCAAGCCCAACAGGCAGGACCAGUUCUAUCAAAAGAAAACACUUGUUAAUACAUCAUUGUUAAUACAAUGUUGUCACUGCCAAUUUCCUUUGGUGACUGUAUUCUUCUCAACAUUUAGCUGUUCUCUGACCACCUCUCUGUCACAACUGGCAAACCUAUGGCACACGUUGUUUUUCUUUUAAGACAAAAGAUGUUAAUGUAUGAGUUGUUUUUUCUGAAUGACAACCUCAGUAUUCAGGUUUAAUUGCAGUGUUGCCAUUUUGCAGAAAGUCGGUUCUGAGUUGCAAGUUGGGCACUUGUCUCUGAAAGGUUCACCAUCACUGGUUUAGUUACUAUAACUCUAACUUUAUCAAAUAGCAAAUCUGUUUCUAAUCCAGUAUAUUUCUUAUUCAUAUUUACCCUAGGGUAAUAUACAUAAAAUCCCACCACAUACAUAUACUCCCACAAGUAUUCUUCAAGGGGAUGUUUAUUCCAAGAUGAAUUUAAGAUAAAUCUGGGGCAGCCGAGUCACAGUGAAAUAAGUAAGGGUCAGAUAAUCCCUGGCUACCUUUUACUCUUCACUUUUCUAAGCCUCAAUCUCCUUAAGCAUAGAGUAGUAUUGUGUAGAGAAGUAAUGUUAAAAUACCUUAUCACAGCACUCAGGAAAGAGUACUUUUUAAAUUUCCUAAUCUACUUGGAAGCCAGCCAGAAAAGAAUCAGCCUGUGGCUCAUAUGAAUGAUCAAAAAACAUAUUUAUUUAUAAAAAAUACAAUGGGAUAAGUUUAUGCUGAGAAGUGCAGCAAUAAAUACAGUUGAAAAAAACAGAGCAACUCUACAAUGAUACAUUGGCACAAACGAAGAUUUUGCAACUGCACCACCCAGACCUAAAUGUCUGCAAGCCAUUUUUGUACAUGCUCCUUAUAGAAAGGCCACUCUGAAAAAAAUCUCGUCAGCUUAAGA